AUGACGGCCUUCAAGGGAAUAUGGACAAGGCAAUUCUGGACCUCCAUGGCUGGAGAAUUCCUGGCAGUUUUUCUGUUUUUGGUUAUAAGUUUAGGAUCAACUGCAGGGAUGAACAUACCUGGUCCUACGGAUACUCAUAUAGCCUUCUGCUUUGGACUGAGCAUUGCUAUACUGAUUCAUUGCUUUGGACACAUAUGUGAAGCUUUCUUGAACCCUGCUGUGGCAUUGGCUAUGAUAUGUACCAGAAAAAUAUCGGUGGCCAAAGGACUAUUUUACAUUGUUGUCCAAUGUGUGGCCGCUAUUGCCGGGGCUGGAGUGGUCGCUCUCAUUACACCACACGAAAAAUGGCCGGUUGGGGUCACCAAGGAACAUGAGACUAUUUCACACGGACAAGCCCUUCUAGUGGAAACCAUUAUCACGUUCCAACUGGUCUUCACUAUAUUUGCUUCUUGUGAUAAGAAAAGAAGUGAUAUCAAAGUGCCCAUACCUCUCAUCAUUGGCUUAUCCGUCACCAUCGGACACCUCUUUGCAAUUCAGUACACUGGAGCCAGCAUGAACCCCGCCAGAUCACUCGGAACCAGCGUUGUCUUUGGCAAAUGGGAAAAUCAUUGGAUCUACUGGAUCGGUCCAAUGAUAGGUGGCAUACUUGCCAGUUUUAUCUAUGAAUAUCUGUUCUGCCCAGAUCCUAACAAUAAACUAAAGAGGCAGGUUAGUUUCAGGACAAGACCAAAUGAAGACGACUCUCAGCAGCUGACAGUGGGACCAGGAGGAGAAUAUAACAAAUUGGAGACGACUGCAUAACAUUGUCAGAUUUAUAUUUCAUCGCUGCUGUGUGUACUAUGGACUGAGAGGACUCAAAAGUGGUCAUUAGGAGAGAGAAUUGCUGAAAUGCCACUGGUUAUUUAUUCUGGGACACAUAUUGCAUUUUACCACUGCCCCGCUAUUAUUGAGAAUUUUUGAGUAUAAUAUAGGCUAGUUUUACAUCUGUGGCAUGAAAUCUCUGGCAGGCUGUGCUGGAGUUCUCCCGAUCCGGCAUUGUCGGAUACUGCCAGCUGCCCACCAGGCGCCAUUGACUAUAAUUGGUGCAGCAGAGAUCCAUCCGCAACGUUUUUUGUCCAGCUGAUUCCCGGCAUUCUUUGCCAGAACAGCCUGACGUAGAAUACAACCCCAGAUGUGAAAGUAGCUUAUAUUUUAGAAUGUAUCAAAAAUGUUUACAUUGCAGGAUGAGUUUAGUUUAUUCUGUUUUGUGCAGUAAUUUACAGGAAUGUUUCUGCCGUUUUGCAAUGAAUAUUAUAAUAUUAAGAAGGGAUAUAUGUUAGAUAUAUAGUAUACCACAUUUUUCGCUCCAUAAGACGCAUGGGACCAUAAUAAAUAAGAAAAAAAUAUUUUUCAUCAGACCUCAGAUCAGACCCCAAAUCUUCAUUAGACCUGAAAUCAGACCCUCAAUCUUCAUCAGACAUCAUUCUUCAUCACACCUCCUAUCAGACCCCCGUUCCUCAUCAGACCUCAGAUCAGAUCCCCAAGCUUCAUCACACCUCAGAUCAGGUAUAAAAUAAAUAAAAGAACUUACCUCUCCUGCUCCGGACAAUGACGUCACUCACAAAAUCCAGUGCAUUCUUCCUGCACUCACCGCUUCCUGGUCUUCUGCUGGCGCCAUGCUGCAUGGUUACCUGACAAUGCAAUGUUUCCCGUCAUAGUGCGUAUAAUGUCCUGACGCUGUACCGAGUCAGGACACAGUACAGCGGUCGCCAGCAGAAGACCAGGGAACAGGGAGUACAGCCAGGAGAGCAAUGUUCACCUCUCCAUAAUGGAAGCGCUCAUUAGUAUUCGCUUCAUGAUACACACUGCCAUUUUCCUCCCACUUUUGGGGGGAAAAAG